AAUAAGAAGAAACUCACACCGUGUAAACAAUAAUAACGAAAACACGGCUGUGCGGUUUAGUUCAAUUUUAAUUACAUUUUGUACUUGCUGCUCAGAAGCUCCUCCAAGUUAGAUAAAAGUCAUCAUGUCUUCACCAUCGGAGGACAAAAUAGCGUCACACAAAACGUGUUACGAUGAUAAAAGCCCGCCCCUCUAUCCCAGCACAGAUCGGUUCCAUCCUCUAGGAUACAGCACACCCCAGCAGCGAGGUAGAAACUCUUCUGCUCACGCCAGGAAUUAUUAUUCCGCCCAGCCCAAGCACAUGCUUCCACGGACGAAAGGAUCCGACGGCCGAUAUCGGCACGGACAAGAUAAUGUGCAAAAUCAGGACCGAUCGAGAUAUUCGGGCCCAGAUCGUUGCGAUAACGCCGAGCAAAGAGACACAAACUUUGGUUCCGGGAAGCGCCUGGGCUUUGGUCACAAUUGGAGAGGACACAACAACAGAAAUCAACGGUAUGGAGGAAAUCGAUCUCAGCACAACUAUCGGCAAAACCACCAUGCUAAAUCAGAAUCAUACAGCAUCCGGGAAUACUAUCACCCUUCUAUGCUGGAGGACCCUUGGGAGUUUUUGCUACGGAAAAGCACUGCAAGUUCAGAUUAUACCUUGAAGAACGAUAAAUCAGACAGGGACGACGAUAACGAGGACAGAUCGAGUAAUAGUAACGGAGGGAAUUGAUCUGCUACCAUGUAGCUAGAAGAAUAACAUAAAGUUUUUUUUAUUCGUAAUUUAAAAAUACGAAUCACAAAAUCAUACAAUAUGGGAGAAAAUCAAGCAUAUAAAUGGGACAGCAGAUCGAUCGAGAUGGUAAAUAACCCACGUUGAGCUGCAAAUGAAAAAGUCAGUCUGUGUAGCCAUUAACCUUCGGUCUGGUUUGUGUAUGUUCAAUAAACAAUGGAACAAAUAUCAUUUUGUUCAAAUGACCAAGCAAAGAAUAAA